UUGUAUAAUUAUGUCCCUUUUCUUCUCAAAACAGAGCCAAGACUGAUGAAGUCAGAAUGUAUACAAGAAUUAUUUAAAAAAAAAAAAAAAAAUUAUCUAGUUGGCAGCCAGACUACUAAACAGCAUGCAGGCAGUGUAACAUGAUAUAGCUCCUACAUCACACUACAGCACUGUUUACAAAUUUAGCACAUUUUCUAGGAAAAGUUGUUUCAGUUUAUAUUCAUUACUCACGCCAGUAAAGUUGGGAUCAUUCAGUGUGUCUCUAAAUAUUUCUAAUCUAAUAUCAUAACAGAGCGGACAGUUCAACACAUGUCAUGUAAUUAUAAAAAAGAGAUCACUUUAAAUAUUUUUUAAAACUGAAAGAACGUCUAAAAAAAUUUAAGUGUUGCGUAUAUAAAAUGUUUCAGUAUAUUAUGGUGAUCCGAACUGAGGUUUACUCAUCACAGUAGGACUGAUAAUUGAAUCAAUCUCUCCUGUUUCUUAGAAUGUACAAUCAGCCCAAUCAUGUUCAAAAUGUGUCACUGGCACUGUCAGAGGUGCUUAGUGAUAUUGGAGUAAAUGAGACGAUUUUACUGAAGAGAAGAAGAAAAAUGCUACUUCAAGAAUCUAUAUCCACAACAGUAUCACAAUUAGAUGAUACAAAUAGCUGUGAAUAUUAUUUUGGAAGUAAAUCUGAGGGUACAACAACACCAGGCCUAAAUUCUGACAUUGACACGCUUCGAUGUUAUAAUCAAUAUAACAUCAUACAAAACUUGAGUGAAUGGGAGCCUGGUAAAUCAAAUUACAUGAUGAUCCAGGAUGAGACUGUAUCACCUGGUUACUGUCUGUUACAACGUCUGAGAAAACGUGCUCCUCUUCCUUAUGAUGGUAAACUUCCUGCAAACCAUUUCAGAGACAAGAUGGGAAGAAUAUUGUUGAAGAAUUCACUGUUUCACACUGUUACUGGUGAAAGGUUUGAGAGACAUGGUCCAGCAUUUGCACAACAAGGAAAACCUGGACUAUCUGAUAUUGAUGUGGUUUCUGCUUUUCCAUGUAAGUCAUGGCCAUUACAAGCUAGAAAAUGGUUACGCCUGCAAGGUGAAGGUCAAUGGCCUACUGAUGAGAUGAAGAGAUAUUGCAGCACUAGCGGAUGUUUUGUAGUUGCUGUUGCAAGUAGGGGCAGUGAAAAUGAGGAGCUUGAAUGGAGAAUAUCAACAUCCCUAGCAGAGAGGUGUCUAAUGUUCAAUCUGAACAUUACACAAAUUCAGUGCUAUGUUUUAAUGAAGAUGGUUUUAAAGACCUACUUAAAACCAAAGUUUGGAGAUACUAUCUCAAGUUUUAUGUGUAAAACAGUUCUCUUCCAUUGUAUUGCAGAUACGAAUCCUUCAGUCUGGAGAGAAAAUAAUUUACUUGUUUGUUUAUCAUUAUGUUUAUCGUUAUUAUACUUGUGUGUUUCAAAAGAAAACUGCCCGCACUUUAUCAUACCUCAAAACAACUUGAUGAAAGGCCAUAUUUCAACAGAAAUCAAACCUCAGAUUCUUGAAAUACUGAACGAUAUUGUAGUCAGUAAUGGGAGAGCACUACUGGAAAUUGAAUGUAAUGUCCUUGGUAAAAGACUGGAUCUCAAAUUGAAUGUGACGCCUGGAGUCUAUCGAGACUUGUUACAAUCACUUGGGUUAAGCGAGUUCAUUUCUGGGCGAUUGUUUUAUGACUUAUAUGAUUCAAUGAAUACUCUGUUAAACAGUUGUUCAUUUGAGAUAUCACAAAGAAACCCUGGCAAAGUCCAGCAGACAUUUCUGACCUAUAUUAGCCAGAUAGUAAACAAGUUCUUCAAAAGUCGAGGAAUAGACAGAAUUGCAUGCAGCCUUUUAGCACCAUGGUUUUGUACAUCACAUGGAUCUGUCCUGGCAUCUUUAAACAUAGGUUUACACAAUACUAUACCACAGCAGGCUUUCACCUGGAUCUCACUGGGUCUAAACUCGGAUGUUUCAUCCAGCAGACUGAAACUUGUAUCAAUUCUCUACUGUAUAGGGAAAAUACAAAAAACUGAAAAUGAACUUGCAGACAUUGAAAAGAGGUAUGAUCGAAAUAUAGUUGAGCCUGUAAGUCGAUGCUAUGAAUUCUUCCAACAUAAAUUUAGAAAAGGUUUCCUGGAAGUUUCAGCCCGUCAAAAUGAAGAAGCCAUACAGCACGUAAUUGCCUUCCCAGUCAUUUUUUUGCCAACUGAAAUCAACUGUGUCCUAAAGGAAAUGAGAUACGAAAUGUUUCGAUCAACUAAAGAAGACCUAACACUGAGAGAUGAAAAUGACUAUUGGAUGGACUGGGCAGUUGUGGAUUCGUUAUCCUUCCUCUACUUCUUACAGUUCAAGACAUUCCGGCAACAAGAAGAUAAGCAAAGAGCUCUUUCUAACCUCGUACAGACCAUAAACUAUGAACCAAACCUUGGUCAUGUAGAAACAGCACUGAACUUACUUGGACAGUGUAUGGAACAAGAGAACAGAGGUUUUGAUGCUAUAAAGUAUUACUUAUUAUCUCUAAAGCUACGGGAGAGAAACAACGCAGCAAAGAUCCAUAUCUGUAGACUUCUGUCCACUAUGAUAAAUUGCAGGUAAAUCAACACAAAACUGAUACACAUGAUGGUGUAUGGAAAUGAAAAACAGAGACAUGUGAAAAUACAGAACUAGUCAUAGUAUUUACUGUGGUAUAACUAAAUACAUACUUCAAUCUUUAAGUUUCAAUGGCAUACAAUUUGUGAUUUAGCUAAAAAUGCCAUAAUCCUGGGGAUACUUAUCAGUGUAUUUCAAAUAUUAAAGACAAAACUGUAUAAUUAGUUGGAUUGUUUUUAUCUGCUGUAUUUUUAUUUCUUGGUUGAAGGAACCAUGAAAUCUACAAAAAUUAGUAAUUUAAGGUACAUACAUAGAUUCAGCUGCACCUUUAACAUUGCGCCAACACAAUUAU